UUCUCGUUCGCCCCCAUCCCCAUCCCCAUCCCCAUCCCCAUCGGAUCGGAGGGGAAGAGGGAGGACAGGAGAGGGAUGAAGGAGGAGCAGGAGACGAAAUCCGGGAAUGGGAGCGGGCCACCUCCUCAACCCCCCAACCCAAUGCAAAACGCCGCGCCUGAUGCUCAGCUUUUCCAGCUCCUCUCUGGCCUUCUUCACCAGGUGGAAGCAUUGACCAAUGAUGAGGAAGUCGAAUUGCGAUCCAAGAUCGAAGCACUUGGAUUAGAGGUGACAAAAGUUCCUUCAAGCUCAACACGGCAUCUUGAUGAGCUGGAAAUAGCCAAAGAGUUGGACAAGCUGUCAAUGAAGUUGGAUGAUGUGGAUGAGAUGAUAUCCUCAGCCAUAGCUUCAGAUCCGCAUGUGCAGUCGCUCUUGAGUGGUACGGCUGAUAUAUGGAUGCCAGUGAUUACAGCGAGCGCUGAUGAGAGACGUAACUUUGCCGGACCUACUGGAGAAGGUGAUGCCAGAGAAAGCGAGAAGGCUCCUAUGUAGUUCUUGUAAAAUCAUGUCAACCAUUUGAAAGGCAGAAAAUAUUCAAUAGAGUUUGUAUGCAUGACCAAAUACUUAGUGCUCAUACUUGCAGAAACCAAUUUGAUGUUUCAAAUGCUUGCGCCUUCUUCAGUUCCAAACUGAUUUCGCUGCAUAACCUGUGUGAUGAGAACGUAAUAGAGGUAAUCCAGGGAAGGCCAUUUUGUUAAUGAGUGUGCUUAGGGCAGUAAUCAAUAAGGGAAAGUUCUGUUUUUAUGAUUUGA